AUGAGGCCUUUCUGUGAACAUUGCAUAAUUCCUGGUUAUUCAAUUGAGAAGUGUUACAAGCUUCAUGGUUAUCCACCUAAUUUUGCUAAGGGAAGAGCAAAGAAAGUGGCCACUAUUGCUUAUGCUGACGAGGAGGAAGAAUCAGAUGAUCAUGUUACUCACAUUUCACAAAACCACAAGUUCAACUGCAUACUAAAAGCUUUACAAUCUCAGAACAUUGAUGAUCUUGUAGAAUCACAGGCUCAUAUGGAAGGUACUUGCUUAUUAACUUGUUCCAAUGCAAAAUGGAUAGUUGAUAGUGGUGCAAUUAACCAUAUUUGUUCCAAUUUACACCUAUUUGAGUCAUAUAAGUGUUUUGACAAGAAACCAAAUAUAAUUACCACUGCUGAUGGAAAACAUGUGACUGUAGAACACAUAGGAGCAGUUCACUUUGAUAAUGGUAUUACUCUACAGAAUGUGUUACAUGUCCCGGGGUUGAAAUUCAACUUGAUUUAUACACAUAGAUUAUGUAAAGAUUUGGAAUGUGAAAUUGUUUUCACUUAUGAAAAAUGUUUGAUUCAGGGACCAACUUUGAAUCGGUUAGUGGUUCUUGGUAAUAUGGUGUCUGGCCUAUAUGCUGUUGAUGGAAAGGAAGAGAAGCAAGUGUCUCAGGAAGAGAAAGUGGCAAACUCUGAAUUGGUUAGUAGGACAGGUGAUGAUGCUAAACGUUGGCAUCUUAGAUUGGGGCACAUGCCAUUUAAUAAGUUGUAUAUGGUUAAUUCAGGCCUUGAUAAUAAAGUAGGUGGUGAUAUUGUGUGUCAAAUUUGUCAUAAGGCUAGACAAACUAGGAAACCUUUUCCUGAAAGUAUGUCUAGGGCAGAAAGAAAUGUUAAGUGUGUCAGAACUGAUAAUGCUAUAGAGUUAUGUGAGGGAGAUAUUCUUCAAGUUUACAGAGUAAAUGGCAUUUUGCACCAAAAAUCCUGUGUAGACACUCCACAACAGAACAGGAUGGUGGAGAGAAAUUAUAGGCAUUUGCUAGAAACUGCAAGAGCCUUAUAUUUUCAAUCAAGAGUUCCUGUGAGUUUUUGGAGUGAAUGUUUGUUGACAGCAACUCAUGUGAUUAACAGAAUGCCUCUUAGUUCUGUAAAGUUUACUUCUCCAUAUGAGCUAUUGCAUGACAAGAAGCCAGUUCUGUCUCAUUUGAAAGUUUUUGGAUGCUUAUGUUAUGUUUCAACUUUGAAAACUGAAACACUUGUACCAGAAGUUCCUGUCCCUGUACCAGCAGUAAGACAAUCUGAUAGGCCUAGGAAGAGACCUAACUAUCUAGAUAGUUAUGUUUGUGCAGCAGAAACUGUUAAUGAUCAUUGGUGUAAUAUUGUUACUUUUGAAGUGCAUCCUACUUCAAUGAAGGCUUUGAUUAACAAGACUACACAGGUUACAAAACCUGUUAGCUACCUAGAAGAUACUUAA